CAACAUAAUCUGCUUGGAUUUGUCCGUGUGCUGUUCGAUCUCAUAAAAUGAGCAGCGAGGAGAAGGCCGGUGUGUUUGACGCCUCAGAGGUUAAAGACUGUCUCAGGGACAGAGGAGCAUCCAGACAGGAACAAGAGGAGAAACUGGUCCUGACAGCCUGGGAGAACACGCUCGACCUCUGUGAGGACUCCAGAGCUGCAGGCCCGCCUCAGUCUUUCCUGGCUCGGCAGAGGCAGUCCACCCAGGCCAGGAGGGCGCUCUGCCGCCGCCGGCUGCCCAGGUAGGAGGCUUCUUUUGCAGGGAGCGGACGGCCCAGUCGUGGGCAGCAUGGGAAUCACAACGAUGGAAGAAACUGUACUCUC